CUUGGAUCAAUGAUGGCCCUUUGCAGCAAUCAGAUGUUGUGUGGCGUGCACUAGUUCUUGAAGGGAUGAAGGAGGGGAGCUGCAAAGGAGUUUUGCCUCAAGGCGGAGAGUCAUCUUCCUCAUCGUGGUCUCCAUGUGCAGCCUGCAAGCUUUUGAGGAGAAGAUGCAGCCCAGACUGUGUUUUUGCUCCACACUUCCCAGGAGAUCAGCCCCAUAAGUUUGCCAAUGUGCACAAAGUGUUUGGUGCUAGCAAUAUCAGCAAGAUGUUACAGGAGUUGCCGGCGCACCAGAGGGAAGAUGCGGUGUGCAGCAUGGUAUACGAAGCCAAUGCCCGGGUCCGCGACCCGAUUUAUGGCUGCACGGGAGCCAUUUCCUCUCUUCAACAGCAGCUCGAUACGCUCCGGGCCCAAUUGGCCAUGGCCCAAGCAGAAAUUGUACACUUACGGGUCCGCCAAGUUGCGGUGAUGAGCUCAAGCCCACCAAAUAGUGGGUCUCCCUCAUCAUUUGGUGUGGGCUCUCACCCUAAUGGCUACUUUGAGUUGGAAUCAGACGUCGUUGACCAGCCCAGCAACUUUUAUUCGUAGCUGCUGGUCAUAUUCUAUAAAUUUUGCUGUCAAAUUAAUGGCAAAAACACUAGAGGAUCAACUUAGGUGGCCUUUCCUUUCAGGGAUGACUGCAAAAAUUAAUAACUAUGUGCGACUUUCUCUAGAGUGUAAUGUUGUUAUCAAUGAGUAAAAGCUAAUACCCAAAAUUAAAAUAGUAAUCCUCACAUCCA